UUUACGAAGUGGAUAGAAUGUGUCCCUUUGAGGAAAGCUAAUGGCGAUAGUGUACAGAAGGCCUUCGAGGAUUGUGCAGCUUGGUAUUCGUCAUUCAACUACUCCGCCGUAUCAUGCCCAAGCAAAUCCGGUUGAGAGAGUAAACAGAGUGGUGAAAACCAUGAUGACUUCGUUUGUCGAAAGUGAUCAUCGAGAUUGGGAUAAAUAUAUUCCAGAUUUUCGCUUUGCGUACAACACUACAGUACAUAGCACAGUCUCGAUGAAGAAGAAGGUGCCGAGGUUUCCCCCGACAACUGUUCAAUGCCUGAGCAGGUUGACGGGAAGGUCACGCAGACCUGUUCCGAAGCCACGAGAGAAGAAGUAUUGGUCGCAGACAGGACUCGAGCCAUGUUGCCUCAGAGGUCGGAUGACCCUCGUACCCUUCAGCAGGCCGAUCGUGUCUUCGCUUUUCCCAGGGGUGCCACCUCUUCCAUCGGCUUCUCCAGUAAUUUGUUUGGCUCCGCGUGGGGAUUCUGAUGAUCGCCGAAUUGAUGCAAAUCACCCUGUAAUUGAAGCCCUCGCGGAGGCAAUUUUAAGGAAUCUGUAUCUCAUUAUUUAGUUUAUAAGUCUUUUCAUGCCGUAUGUAGAUUAUUUGAUGUUUUUUAUUUCUUUUUCCUUUUUCAUAGACACAUGAGUUUGGUGGAAAAUUUUUCUUGAUUUUAACUUGUACUAAAUGGCUGGGUUUUUCUGGCCGAUCGAACUGAGAUGCCGAGUCGAGAGUGGAUUGCAUGCUCCCGCUGAGUUUCACUAACCGUGUUGCCAGUCUGGGAGGGGGUUUUGUAUCGUGAUCUUUUUUUCUCUCUUUUCUUUUCUGUUUUUUCUUGUAAAAGAAAGGGAAAAGAGAACAAAAAUACGCUGAUCCACUCGACUCUUGCUGCACGAGAAUCUCACAUUUAGUACAUAAGGUAGUUUUAAGAGGAAUUCUACUUAAUUCUUAGGAUUGUUGGAGUAAUUUAAUGAAAUAUAUAUUUUUCUUGGUCGACCCAUGAAUGAGGCAUUAGAAUUCUGUAAGGUUAGGUUCGUGACGUAAGGAGCUGUCAUUCGCCUGAUUACCGGAAUCGAGAAAAAGGAUAGACUUGAUUCUUGAAGAGCGAAAAUUGGAAUCAAAUUAAUCUGAUAUUAAAACAACACCAGUUAAAUUAUUCUGCAAGCAAUAGGAGCACGGACUUGAGAAUCAGGUGGGUGCCAGUUUUCUUUUUCGUCUCGGCAUCAUGUUUUUUUAAUUGUAAGGUCGGCCAUUGUUUUCUUUAUAUUUUUACAGUGAAAAUAUUUAACUUUUGUUCCAUUUUAUAUUAAAAGUAGAUACCAUGUUCGGAUACAAUGAGUGAAAAACUAUCUAAGUCGAAAUUGCUGGAAAUCCUUCAUUUAAUUGUUUGUGCGAUGCAAUCGUUUGUAUUCGAUCUUUAAA